AUGGUACACGCGUGCGCUCCCGUUAGACUACUUGGUUCAGGGUUUGGCGGCACCUAUCCCGCGGCAGAAGAAAUACAAAGUUUGGGGCUCAUUGAAUCGUUAGAGAACAAUUUAAGGACAUUGUGUCCUCCAUAUGGUCCUCCUGCGGGGACGUUGAAACAAACUAUCGACGCACAUUGGGAUAUUGCAGUGUUGGCUACCGAAGGAGUGGUUGAUGUUUUGAUUGAUGGAUUGUCAUUUGAUGAGAGAGGAGCGACUGAAGAAAUCGCCGAGGGGUACUGGAUCGUGGUGGUUGAGGAGGCAAGUGGAACUAGUGCACUGGAGGAAAACGAUGAUGUCUUUGAAGAGGCAAUUACAAAACUUUGGACGGAGGAAGAGACCGAAUUGGUUGAGGAAAUGGAGCUCAUGCUUGAAUUAGCGCCUGUGCCGUUGUAA